AUGUCUGCGGGGGAACAAGCAACCCGGGCUUCACAAGUCGGAACUCAAGGGCCUACGCCUGCUUCAACUCACGAGAGCAACUCCGGAGGCCCAGAAAAGCCAGAGGCGGUGCUGAAGCCCAGUGACUGGGUAUUCCAAGGCACAUUUGCACGAACCGCAUCCUUGGAGGAACGAAAGCCGCCUUUAGACCUCAUCGUGUCCUCUACUUCGGUCUUCUUUCGUCACAUACACCCGUGGUUUCCGUUUUUAGACUCCCACUUAGUCCUGCACGAUCUCGCCGAUUUACGUGAGCCGACACUCUUAUACUACGCCAUAUUCGGUGCAUCGAUUCCUUUUCUUUAUCACCCACGGCUCAAUAAUACACAGAGUGACUCGUUCUGGAAAUACACUAAACGGCGCAUCUUUAUUGAGGCGUCAGAGGAGCCCUCCUACGCCGCUCUGGAAGCUGCUACAAUCUUGACUCUUGAUUUGUCGGGCAUGACAAAUGGCCCGCAGGUUUGGAGCCGAUUGGCCGUUGUUGCACGUCUGGCUGCACAACUACGGACAGCAAGUGGAAGAGUUCUACGACAGAGUGUAUCUGGUGGUUCACGAGAUGGUCGGCUUGCCACUACCCGACCAAGCGCGCGACAGCGUGCGAAGCUCUUCUGGGCAAUCUUCGCUCUAGAUUCCUUCAUUUCUAUAACUACAAGUCAACCGACUUUGCUGACCGAGCACAUUCUGCGCCCGUUUCGCCCAAGCCGGGAAGCCACAUGGCUCCAUGAACCCUCACACCCGUCUGCCUCAUGUUCAGCGAGCUAUGGCAGUGCCGAGCCUUCCACGUACUCAGUAUCCGCUGCGUUCUUCAAGCUCUUGCAACUCCUUGACGUCUCUCGAAGCUAUCACGAUUUAUAUUUAAGUUAUAUCACGUUAACAGGAAAUGAUGAGUCCGGAACAGUCAGCUGGCUGGAUUCCUUCUACAGCCUCUCUCAUGCCGCCGACAACUGUCUUCGUGGCCUCCCGCCGUGGUGUCGGUUGCUUCUUAACACAAAUACAACUGCCUCUUAUGCAAGUCAAUAUUCGUAUACUCGAGGAACCGAACGGUGUGCUACAGCCCCUCGCAUCCAUGAUGUACAGCCUCCAGUCAUUAUGAUCCAUGUAUACGGCCAUGCCCUUACUAUCUACAUCAAUAGUCUGCUGAAAUUUUCUGACCACCAGACCCUCACAACACAUGAUGCUAGAGUCCGAGAAAGUGCCACAGUUUCUUGUGCGAAUAGCGCUAGAGCUAUUAUUGAUAUAGCGUCAAUGUUUGUCAAGACACACGGAGACCGGAUAGGAUGGCCAUUCUCAUGGUCAAUAUGGACGGCUGCACGUUACCUCCUAACGUCGGCCAAGGCAGCCGGUUCGGUACAGCUUUCUUCCGGCUUCUACAUCCUCCUAGACUCCUUGCAAGAGUUGGGGAAGUACUGGCAGAUCAGCAAGAAAUAUUAGUGGCUUCUAUAUC